CACUGUCAAUAUCAAACUCCGUCGCUGUGAUUGAUUUUGCAUUAUCAGUUGUCAUUCUGUGUUUUGAAAACAAAGAAAAAUGGGAAAAAUAUUUCUACACCAUAUUGGUGGGACUCGUUUAUUUUCAUGUGCCACUUGUGAUGUGAAUCUCACUAAUCGUGCGGAGUUAAUCAGCACGAGAUUUACCGGAGCAACAGGGAGGGCAUUUCUGUUUCACAAGGUUGUGAACCUUGUGUACUCUGAGGUGCAAGAUCGAGUGAUGCUGACUGGGCGGCACAUGGUGCGUGAUGUUUCUUGCAAGAACUGCACCAACAAGCUUGGCUGGGUCUAUGAAUUUGCCACCGAAGAGAACCAACGAUAUAAGGAGGGUCGCGUUAUAUUGGAGCGGGCGCUGGUUACUGAAAGUGAUGGCAUUGAGGAAAUUCAAGUGAACAAUGAUGAUUGAUACUGUAGCAAUUUACUGCAGAAUAUAUUAUUUUUCACUAGUAA